AUGACGGAGCGAAUUGAAGCUCUGGCCAAGGGCGGGGAUCGGUCCCCCGCCAGGGGGCCAGAUCUGUCCGACGAAGUUAAAUCGUCUUCGUCCGACGUAUCACAAAUGGAGCGGAAGGUCAUCCGAAAGAUGGACAUGCAUAUCCUUCCGUUUGUCUUCUUCGAAGUACCUUCGAAUCUGGUGAUCAAGAAGUUGAAACCGUCGCGUUACAUUGCUGCCAUCGCUGUAAUUUGGGGUAUCAUCGCCACGCUCACUGGUAUCGUUCAGAGCUAUGGCAGCCUUAUCGCUUGUCGAGUACUUCUGGGGGUUGUCGAAGCAGGACUGUUCCCCGGAAUGAUGACCUACUUGACCAUCUUCUACGGCAAGCGCGAGCUCGCUCUGCGAACAGGGUACCUGUUCGGGAGCGCAGCUGUGGCGGGCGCAUUCGGUGGUCUUCUGGCAUAUGGAAUUGGCUUCAUGGACGGGAUCUGCGGGCUCAGGGGCUGGCGCUGGAUCAUGAUCCUCGAAGGAAUCCCGACCGUGAUCGUGGGCAUCUUCACCUGGAUCUUCUUGGCCGACGAUCCAGAUACGGCCUACUACCUCAACGCGGAGGAGCGAGAACUUGUAGUGCGCUGUCGUAGUCGCGAGGUUGGCCACACACAGUCCGCACAAAAGUUCCACUGGGCCGAUGUCAAGGAGGGCGCUCUCGACUGGAAGGUGUGGACGUUCUGCAUUGCCCAGUUCGGCGGCGACACAAUGCUCUACGGUUACAGUACCUUCCUUCCGAGUAUCAUCAAAGGAAUGGGCAACCAUUGGUCGACGCCAGAGAUUCAAGCCCUGACGAUCCCAUGCUAUGCCGUGGGCGCGAUAGCUUAUAUUGCGGUCGCUUGGCUCAGCGAUCGAGUCCAGCACCGGGCGAUCUUUGUCUGUAUCUUCAGUGCGACGUCUGUCAUCGGCUAUGGAAUCUUGAUUUCAGACACCCCGUCCGGUGUCCAUUAUUUUGGGGCACUCUUGGUGGCCAUGGGUCUCUAUGUGACCGUUGGGUUGCCGCUUGCCUGGCUACCCACCAAUCUACCUCGAUACGGAAAACGGACGUUCGCCACGGGUCUCCAGCUCACCUUGGGUAAUGUGAGUGGAGUGAUGUCGCCCUUCCUAUAUAAGACGAACGAAGCCCCCCCGAUACGUGAGAGGAAAUGCUGUUACCCUGGCAUUGGUUGGAUGGGCUGGCCUUGUAUACAGUGUGAUGUGGUUCGCGCUUCGGCGAAUCAACAAGCGCCGGGCGAGAGGUGA